UUUUCAGGUGGUACUCGUCACUAGCCAGCUAGCAAAAGCUGCUAACUGCAGCACGAAAGUACCAUGAAGUUGUAGCCAGCUUUAAUUUAAGUUUUAGGCAUCAACAACCUGUUAACGAAUGGGAGGAAUUUAUUAAUUAUUAUUUCCUUAAUUUUGCUUAUGACGACUUUGUAUGUAUUAACGUUAGCUAACAUUAAUCAAGUUGGUAAGCGAACUCAUAUAGCUAGCUAGCUAACUUGGAUUAGUGGGGUCCAUAGUAGUGUCACGUUAGCUAGCUAGCUAGCUAAGUUACCUGCAUUGCAUAGUUAGUCUAAACUAGUUCGUGAUCUUGUUCGGUAGAUUCGUACACUAUUGCUCUGUUGUGACUAGUGAUUAGUUUGUUAAUGCUAUCUAGUUAAUACGAUCUUGUUAACGGGAGGUAACUAACGUUGUCAAUUUUGGUUUAUUUUAAUAAGCUCGCUUUCUGUUGCUGCCUUAGUAACCAGCUAGCUAGCAUUAGCUAGCCAACUUUCACACGGUUAUCUGCCACAGUCAGCAAUUUGUUAACCACCUAAACCAAAGCAAGUUAGCAUUAGCAAAGCGAAAUGGUCGUUGGCACUGGCCAGUGAGUGGCGAUCCUUGGAUUUGUUUGUUUGCUAGCUAGGUAAGCUAGCUAGCGCUAGCUAAUAUUUAUUUUAAAUCUGCAAGUUUGUAAUUUAAGUGUGUGGGGUAACUAGUCAUUGGCAGUCUUGUUAACGAUAACAACAAGGCAGCUAGGUUGACGGUGCUAAAACUAUGUAAGUGAGAGAUAGCGAUCUGUUUGUCAAGUUAAGCAUGUAUGUGGUCGGCUUGUUGAACUGGAACGUCCUCUGACUUAUUUAUCCGUAGACCACUUUAUUCAUGCGGAGUCAGUUACAGAGACCCAAGUUAACGUCAGCCGAGGUUGCGUAAACUGAGUUAGAAAGGUAGCAGACAGAAUGUCGUCUUUUUCUGAAUCUGCUCUGGAGAAAAAGUUGUCUGAACUUAGCAACUCUCAGCAAAGCGUCCAGACGCUGUCGCUGUGGAUUAUUCAUCAUCGAAAACAUUCUUCUCCUAUUGUGCAUGUAUGGCACCGAGAACUGAAAAAAGCCAAAACUAGCAGGAAGCUGACUUUCCUGCACCUUGCUAACGACGUGAUCCAGAACAGCAAGAGAAAAGGGCCAGAGUUCACUCGGGAUUUUGAGUCUGUCCUCCUUGAUGCAUGUUCUCAUGUCGCAAGAGAAGGGGACGAGGGCAGCAGAAAGCACAUCGAGAGGCUGCUGCAUAUCUGGAAGGAGCGUGCAGUGUACCGGCCGGACUUCAUCCAUGCGCUGAAGCUGGCCAUCGAGGACUCAAACAGCCCCAAGCGCAAGCCUGCCCCUGAAGAGAAAAAAGCCACCAAGCGCGCCCACCAAAAGGUGCAGGAGGAAGAGGAGGAAGAGGACGAUGACGACUACAGGGGGCACUACUCUCCAACGGACACCGACACAACGGUCCCGCUGUUGACGGAGGAGCUGGUGAAAGCCCUGCAGGACCUGGAGAGCGCUGCCUCGGGGGACGCCUCCGUCCGCCAGAAGAUCGCCUCCCUGCCGCAGGAGGUGCAGGACGUGUCCCUGCUGGAGAAGAUCACGGAUAAGGAGGCCGCGGACAAGCUGUCCAAGACGGUGGACGAAGCCUGCCUCCUGCUGGCCGAGUACAACGGGCGCCUGGCCGCCGAGCUGGAGGACCGGCGGCAGCUGGCCCGCAUGCUGACCGAGUACAUCCACAGCCAGAAGGAGGCGCUGUCUCACAGAGAGAAGAAGCUGGAGGAGUUCAAGCAGAAGCUGGCCCGGGUGACGCAGGUGCGCAGGGAGCUCAAGUCGCACAUCCAGAGCCUGCCGGACCUGUCGCUCCUGCCCAGUGUGACGGGGGGCCUGGCCCCGCUGCCCUCGGCCGGGGACCUCUUCUCCACGGACUGAGCCCCGCCCCCAAAGCGAGGCCACACCUCCCCCCGCCCCGCAAAAGCGAGGCCACACCUCCCCCCGCCCCGCAAAAGCGAGGCCACACCUCCCCCCGCCCCGCAAAAGCGAGGCCCCUUCCCCACCAGCGACCGCUUUCGCUUCCCGCUAGACUACCGAGGCGGAUCCGGGAUGAGAAACGACCCCGGCUGCCGCUGCCCCAGAGCCUGACUACCUUCAGCAGCUGGGGAAUGAGCUUUUUAAAAAAAAAAAAAA